CCAUGAGCAGCAAAGACAUAGUUAGAAACUUGGAAUUUGGAUGGGGCCAGGGUACCUCAAUCCCCUGCUUAUUAGCAAACCAACCUCCCAUAUGGCUUUUUCUUCGGAACUUGUAGACUGCUGAGAUUCUCUUUUUCAUGUUCUCAAAAACACCACCCAUACCCCACACUUCCACCUCCACCACCCAAAAAUGAUACUUGCCACACUCUUCUCUCCACUUUCUCUUCUGCUACUCUUAUUCUUCUCCUUCUCCACCUUGUCUUUUUCCCAUUUCGUACCCACUUUCCCUUCUCCAUCCAAGUUUCACCCUGAGCUAACCACCCAACUCUCUCGUUCUUCUUCUUCUUCUUCUUCAUCAAAUGGACUCUACGAGACAAAGUUCUUCACCCAAACGCUCGAUCACUUCGAUUACACUCCCCAAAGCAAUCACAAGUUUCAACAAAGGUACCUCUUCAAUGAUACCCAUUGGGGUGGCGCCAACAACAAUGCUCCAAUCUUUGUUUACACCGGAAACGAAGGCAACAUAGAGUGGUUCACGCAGAACACGGGGUUCAUGUUCGAAACCGCGCCACGUUUCCAAGCACUUUUGGUUUUCAUUGAGCAUAGAUUCUACGGAAAAUCAGUGCCAUUUGGUGGGAACAGGGAGGUUGCAUAUGCAAAUACGAGUACACUUGGGUACCUGAGUUCUACUCAGGCGUUGGCUGAUUAUGCCACUCUCAUUAUUGAUCUGAAGAAGAAUAUCUCAGCAAUUGAUUCCCCUGUUGUGGUGUUUGGUGGAUCCUACGGAGGAAUGCUUGCUGCGUGGUUCAGAAUGAAGUAUCCGCACGUUACGAUCGGAGCCUUAGCUUCAUCUGCCCCAAUCCUUCAUUUUCCGGGUUUGGUUUCACCCUAUGUCUUCUCCGAUACUAUCGCCAACGACUUCAGGAGUGAGAGUGAGAACUGUUAUAACGUCAUAAAAAGUUCUUGGAAACAAAUAGAGGAUGCGGGAAAGACUGAUAAAGGAUUGAAGCUGCUGCAGAAAUCAUUCAGAUUAUGCAAGAAUUAUAGCUCAGAUGAUCUGGAAGGUUGGCUUCAAUCGGCGUGGACAUAUACAGCGAUGACAGAUUAUCCCACACCUUCCAAUUUUAUGAAUCCCUUGCCAGCUUAUCCAAUCAGAAAGAUGUGCGAGGCAAUAGAAAAGGAAAAGAAGAGAUCAACAUUUGAGAAGCUGUACGCAGCAGCGAAUAUAUAUUACAACUACAGCGGCUCUGCCACUUGCUUCGACUUGGAUGAUCAUUCUGAUCCCCAUGAUCUCGGGGGAUGGCAAUGGCAGGCUUGUUCAGAGAUGAUUAUGCCUCUUGGUGUGAGGAAGGAAAGCAUGUUCCCUGAAUCUGAAUGGUCAUACAAAAGUAGAUCCGAUUCCUGCCAAUUCUAUUACAAUACAACUCCUAGACCCCAUUGGAUCACCACUGAGUUUGGCGGCUAUCAUAUUCACCAAGUUCUGAAAAGAUCCGCCAGCAACAUUAUCUUCUUUAACGGUUUAAGAGACCCUUGGAGUGGUGGAGGGGUAUUAAAGAGUAUAUCAAAAACUUUAGUAGCCAUAGUUGCAAAAGAAGGAGCUCAUCACGUAGACCUAAGGUACUCAACUAAGGAAGAUCCAAAGUGGCUCACACACGUGAGGGAAAAAGAGAUAAAGAUCAUAGCAAGUUGGAUCAAGCGAUACUACAGAGACCUACAAUUAUAAUCAGUAAUCACUCCUCAUUACUUUAACUUAAUUACUUUGUUUAUCAUUUGGAGCAGAGUAAUACAUGUGUUUUAAAUGGAACAAAAAUGUAAAGGGCACCGCCAAUUAAUAACUCGCACUUUACGUGCGAGCUGGUUGAUAUUACGCUCAGAAAAAGAAAACUAUGUUCGUUUGAAAAAUGGAUGAAUUUGUCAAUUAUCAGCCUAGUCCAGUGUUGAUAUCAAAGAAUAAUGGAUUCUAUUUCCAUA